CACACUACGUCUACCAGAAGUUCUUAUGACAGCUUCCUGUUGACCGGUUUUUUUUAUUAUCUAAAGGAGAUUUUUUCCCCUCAUGUUUAACAGAUAUCUCACACUUUAGAUCAAUAUGGACAUCCUGAAAGCGGAAAUUGCGCGGAAGAGGAAGCUGUUGGAGGAGAAGGAGCUCGUGGAUAACACAAAGAAGUACUUCAAGCGAGCCGAACUAGCCAAGAAGGAGGAAGAAGAGUACUUCAAAAGAUGCGGAUACAAUGUUGCUCAUGAACAGCCUGUGACGCAGCUGGAGAAGCAGCAGCAGCAACAGCAGCAGGAGGAAAGUGCUCCAUCGGCAUCAUCCAACCCUGUACUAGAGCUGGAGCUCAAUGAGGAGAAGUUACCCAUGACCCUCUCUCGACAGGAGGUGAUCCGUCGCCUGAGGGAGCGCGGGGAGCCGGUGCGUCUGUUCGGAGAGACCGAUUACGACGCCUUUCAGAGGCUCCGCAAGAUUGAGAUUCUCGCACCGGAAGUGAACAAGGGUUUGAGGAACGAUCUGAAGGCUGCUAUGGAUAAGAUCGAUCAGCAGUAUUUGAAUGAGAUCGUAGGAGGACAGGAAGCUGGAGAUCCAGACACCCAGGAUGAUCUUAAAGUGCAUGAGGAAAACACCACCAUCGAAGAGCUGGAGGCUCUGGGUGAGUCCCUGGGCACCGGAGACGAUGUAAAAGAUAUGGACGUUAUAGACAAAGUGUUGCGGUUUUUGCUGGGCGUUUGGGCUAAAGACUUGAACAGCCGAGAGGACCAUAUCAAGCGGAGCGUCCAGGGAAAGCUGGCCAGUGCAACACAGAAACAGACCGAGUCUUAUCUAAAGCCUCUCUUUAGAAAGCUGCGCAAGAAGACUUUAUCUCAAGACAUUAAGGAAUCCAUCACAGACAUCAUUAAGUUCAUGCUACAGAGGGAAUACGUGAAGGCGAAUGAUGCGUACCUGCAGAUGGCAAUAGGGAACGCUCCGUGGCCCAUCGGUGUGACCAUGGUGGGAAUCCACGCUCGUACCGGCCGAGAGAAAAUCUUCUCCAAGCACGUCGCUCACGUUCUCAACGACGAAACCCAAAGAAAAUACAUCCAGGGUCUGAAGAGGUUAAUGACCAUCUGUCAGAAGCAUUUCUCCACAGAUCCUUCAAAAUGUGUGGAAUACAACGCUCUGUGACUGACUCUAUCUCACACACACACACUCGUAGAGCUCCCAGUGGUAUUGUUUCUAUUGUAAAUAUAGUGUAAAUAUUUUCAAAGCAACAGUCUGAAUAAAUGUGUUUUUUUUUAAUUAA